ACUGCAUUAUCUGUCAUGCCAGAGGAGAACUCUAUGCCGCUGUCUGACACUCCUAACAGGAGUAAAAUAUGAAAAUCAUAUUUGAAGGUCUGGAGGAGGAGUUCUCUGAGGAGGAGCAGGAAGGGAGAUGAGCCUGGCUUAAUGACAGCCUCUAUAAAUGGGACUGAGUUCAGGUGUGGGCCGAUUUUGCACUACCUGCUGCAGAACCCUGGGCUCCAAUGACAACAGUUAAUAAUAGUGAUAAUAAUAAUAAACUUUAUUUAUAUAGCACCUUUCAUACAGGGAGGUGUAGCUCAAAGUGCUUUACAACAAAAUAAAAACAGACAAAUACAAUUAAAACAACAACAACAACAAGCGCAAAUCCUGCACAAUGAAACCAAGAACAAUAUAAUAUGUAAAAGAUAAAAGUGAAACAGCGGAAUGCAUGGAAGCAGAUAAAAAAUGUGAAGGAUGGGGAUAAAAACCAGGGAAUAGUGAAGCAGUGUUGAAUAAAUAAGUUUUCAACUGCCGUUUGAAAAUGUUCACAGAGCUUGUAUCUCUUAUAUCCUUGGGUCGUGACACUAUUCCCGUGACUCCACCAGCUCCACACCACCGGCUUCUCCCCCUACCUCACCUGUGCACAACUGCCAAUCCCAAAGGCCUUCCCCUUCUGUUCCUCUUUCUUCACCUGCUCCUCCUCCACCAUGCUGAUGUCACUUUGUAUCCUGGAGAGGAACAUUUGCAGACAUUUUAAGAGACAGACCCACACACAACAGGCAUUAGGCCCACCUAAUACGUAAACAAGGAAGGUGCAGGCGAGUAAAUAAAAACCUGUCCGCUCGCUCUUUAACUUGGAGCACAACUGCAGAGAGAGGUGCAGGUAGCAGAGGUGUAAGAGAGAAGAUGAGUGGACAGUGUUCAAUGUCAGGGGCAACAAAAAUGGUGACGAAGCUCUUCAACAUCCUGGUGCUUUUUACUUUUCUCAGUGUGGCAUGUUUUGUUGUGCUUUCACUCUACAGCAAAGACAGCACUUUGUGUGUUUUUCAAAAGCCACAACGUAUGGCAAAUGGAAACGACACACUUUCCCAGUGGAUAAAUAAACUUGCUCAGCUGAAGAAUAAAGCUCCAAAUGCUGGCCAAGAAGAGACACAGAUGCCACCCACUACAAAUAAGACUCUGGGACCCUGCCCCGACACACCUCCAAAUCUUGUGGGUGUAAUCCAUGUGGAGUUCAAUUUUGCACGGACUUUUGAUGAGGUCAGGAAGGAGGUCACUUCUCUUCAGGAAGGAGGACGGUACAAACCACCAGACUGUAUUGCCCAGCAGAAGGUGGCGAUCAUCAUCCCAUUCAGAAAUCGGCAUGAGCACCUUAAGCACUGGCUGUAUUACCUCCAUCCUAUUUUGAUUCGACAGCAGUCGGACUACAGAGUGUAUGUCAUCAACCAGGAUGGAGAGGGAGUGUUCAACAAGGCUAAACUGAUGAAUGCAGGCUUUGUCGAAGCGCUGAAGGAAUAUGAUUUUGAGUGCUUUGUCUUCUCUGACGUAGAUCUGAUUCCUAUGGAUGACCGCAACCUCUACAGAUGUUUUGACAAGCCCCGACACUUGUCUGUGGCUGUAGAUAAAUUUAACUUCGAGUUACCCUAUAAAACCAUCUUUGGUGGGGUUAUUGCAUUGUCCAAGGAGCACUUCUUUAAGAUUAACGGCUUCUCGAACACUUACUGGGGCUGGGGUGGUGAGGACGACGAUAUGUAUAAGCGAAUUAUCCACCGUGGAAUGUCCAUUUCCCGACCUGACAUGGUGACAGGAAAGUACAGGAUGGUCAAACAUGACAGAGACUUGCACAAUGAACUCAACCCACAGAAUCUUGUCAAACUGAAGCAAACCCACUGGAGCAUGAAUACAGAUGGAAUUAAUUCAUUAAAGUACACAGUCAAGGAGAUCGUGAAGGAUAAACUGUUCACUUACAUCAAUGUGGAUAUUAAUGCUCCACCGAGCUGAAUGAGGAUGGAACCUCUGGAUCUGCUUUUGACUAUUGAUUCACCGGUGUCACAGUGUCAGACUGAAACAAAAGGAGGUGGAACUGGUGUGAUUUUGUGUCCUUAAAAUCUCUGGGAAUCCAGUUUGUCUUGGUGUUGACCUGUGUGUGUCUGUCCAGGUGAACUAAAGUAAAUGUGAACUUUAUGUCAACCAUUACUCUGUGUCUAAAUAGUAUUCCGUCAUACCUUCACAUGUGAUGCAUUGAGCUACUCUUGGUGAUAGAUUCAGACACAACAACAAUCUGAAAAUGACAAAGGGAAGAUGUGGUUUGGACAGAUGGACUCAAAAGACAUUUUACAUCCCACCUUAACUGUUAUGUAUUGUAAGGGCAAAUACCACAUAUGGAAUGGAUGGCACUGAGGACAAACAACAGUGUUUGGUUGGCCAAUGAGGUUGUGAAGGGGGGGUUGUAUUUUGUUUUCCUUCUCUCAGUUAUUCUGAAUGUAUUUACAGUACAAUGCAAUAACAACUGUCAGCGUCCACUGUAAAUAUGCAACAUACUGGGAUGUGUGAUGAAAUGAAUCAGGGAAAAUUAAUUUAGGUAUCACUCCACUGGUUGAUGUUGAAGUCUUUUCUGAAGAUGGGUUUACUACUUGAAGUUAUUUAUGGUUAUCUUGGAAUGAAAUAGUGUUCAGCAAAACUGAUGUAAAAACUGUUCCUUUGCUUUGUAAGUUGUAACGAUGUUUUAGAAAAUUGAGAAGAACUGAAAUUAAAAUGUAUGGCCACUAUGAUCCAGCACCGAGCUUGCCUGUGAACAUCAAAACAGAAUGAAAUUUAGGAUGAGUGCACUAUGAAUGAGUGACAAACUACUUUAAGUUGUACGUUUGCUCAAUGAAAUUGUGGAGAAGCAUCCACAGAAGAGAUUCGUGUCAGAUUUUAGAGCAGCACUGUCACUGUAACAUAAAAAGUACUCUCAGAAAUGCUAAGAAAAUGUUAUUUUUUAUUUUCUCAGACUUUUAUCUGACUUGUAAAUUUAGUUUCUGUUGGUUUUCAGUGAUACAGAGAGUUAAGCUGCUGAGCUGCAGCAGUCUCCUAUGGUUGUGGUCAGAGCUGGACCCAGACAUCUGGAGGCCCAAAAGCCCCGUUUCCACCAAAGACUUUGGUAAGGUACCCUUGGAACCAAAAGUAACCCUUCAGACAGGGUACCUAGACCCCCAACAGUACUCUUAAAUGUGGGCGGGGUUGUUGUCACUCACUGCUCCGUCCAGCACUCACUGUAUUUCCUCAUUAUCAGUGACACAGAGGGAAGUCUGCACCUAGUUUAUCGUCCACAGAACGAGGCUGCACGCUGACAUUUUCAGAACAAAAUGGAACAGGCUGCAGUGAGAGUCUCUCUCCAUGGGAUAUUUAAAGAUAGCGGGUUUGUGCAUUUAGUCCUUCUCAGGCAAGCUCAGGGGUUUAGUGUUGCCGGAGCCCACAGGAACGACGGUACUCAACGCUUUUUUUUUCUCCAAAUAAGGAUUGGGAUAUAUGCUGUCCUGGUCGAAACUGAUAUAUAUAAAUGCUUGAAGAUCCACUCAUUACUAAAAGUGUAUGCUAUAAAAAAAAAAUAAAGUGAUGGUCAGAGAUGUCACAGUAAAAUUUAAGGUGUGCUGACUGAUUUGUGUCGUCAACUCAUGCAUUGA